AUGUCGUCGAGCGCUUCAUUCUACGCGCUCACCGGGGUUACCGGAGUCGCAGCAGUCAUCGUCGCCGGUGUCGUCUUCUCUUAUCUCUCGAUCCUUGGAGACAUCAACCAAUUUGAAUCAGACUUUUCCAGUGAUAUGUCUGUAUUCAAAACUAAGGCGAAUGAUGCUUGGUCUCAGAUGAUGGCUUCCAGAAGAAUCGAAUCUCCAUCAGAGAAAGUUGCCUUCGAAGGACUUUUCCGUGCUAAGAGACAAUACGCAACUGCUGCUGGAGGUGGAGGUGGAUAUGCUGCUGGAGGCGGAGGAGGCGGUGGAGGCGGCGGAGGCGGAGGAGGAUGCCAUUGUGCUGCUCAAGCAUCCGGAUGCCCAGCCGGACCACCAGGACCCCCAGGAGAGGCCGGAACUGAUGGAGAACCAGGUCAAGCUGGACAAGAUGGACAACCUGGUCAAGCUGGACAAGCCGAUUCUGGAAGUUCUGGACAAGCUUGCAUCACUUGCCCAGCCGGGCCACCAGGACCACCAGGACCAGAUGGAAAUGCUGGACCAGCUGGAGCACCAGGAGUACCAGGACCUGAUGGAGAUGCCGGAUCACCACCACCACCAGGACCACCAGGACCACCAGGACCACCAGGAAACGACGGACAGCCAGGAGCACCAGGACAGGAUGGUCAACCAGGAGCACCAGGAACCAAUACAGUCAACUCACCAGGAGGACCAGGUCCAGCUGGACCACCGGGACCACCAGGACCACCAGGACAAGAUGGAUCCGGCGGAGCUGCUCAACCAGGACCUCCAGGACCACCAGGACCACCAGGAAACGAUGGACAACCAGGAGGUCCAGGACAACCAGGAGGACCAGGACAAGACGGAGGACCAGGAACCGAUGCUGCCUAUUGCCCAUGCCCACCACGUACUCCAGCAGGAGGAGGUGGAGGUGGUGACUUCCCAGCCGGAGGUGGAGGUGGAGGUUAUUCUACAGGAGGUGGAGGAGGAAGAGCAGAUUCUGGAGGAGCUGCUGGAGGAGCCGGAGGAGCCGGAGGGUACUCUGGAGGCGGCGGAGGCGGAGGUGGAGGCGCCGCAGCUGGCGGAGGAUACAAUGCCGGAGGCGGAGGCGGAGGAGCUCCACAAGCUGCUCCAGCUCCACAAGCAGCUCCAGCUCCUGCAGCCCCUGCUGGAGGUGGAUACAACGCCGGAGGUGGUGGAGGAGCCGGUGGCGGCGGAGGAUACGCCGGAGGUGCCGGUGCUGGAAGCUACAGACGUCGAUUCCAGUAA